CAUUUUUCUACGCGAAUGUUGUCAUAACCGACAUGCUUCAAGUGUUUGUUCAAACUGUGGUGAAUAACCAACAAUUCUGAGGCCCCAUUAUAGAGUGAAGAUGAGUGAAGAUGUAUUUGAAGUUCCAGAAGGGAAUGAGUAUCGUUAUUUGGUACAGGAAGAGGGAGAAGAGGAGAUCCAAUACUGCAGAAGGCACUAUGUCAGCCCUUUCCUUGUAGUCUCACGAAGAUGCAUGUUCCUGAUCAUACUUGGUGUUGGCGGUCUGCUGACUUUGGCUGGCUACCUAGCUUAUGUGGCCCAGACCCUACCCCAGGGCCUGGUGGAGGUGACUACAGAGUGCGGAUGUCUGCGUGGACGCUGGAAGGAUGAGGUGUACUCUUUUAAAGGCAUCCCAUAUGCAGCACCACCAACUGGCAAAAGGCGCUGGCAACCGCCGGCUGAUCUCAAAGAGGAGGGCCUGUGUUGGAGUGGGGUCAGAGAUGCCACACGUUUCCGUAGUAUGUGUGCACAGGUGAGGCCUCUUAUCAAGACAGGUAAGGUGAUGGGCCAAGAGGACUGCCUCCACUUGAGUGUGUGGACGCCCAGCCUCAUGCCACCUGCCCCUCUGCCUGUCAUGGUGUGGAUUCACGGUGGAUACCUGCACAUGUUAAGUGGGCAGGAGAAAGGCUACUCUCCCACAGAGGAGCUGGCCGCCAGGACGCAAGCCGUUUAUGUGAGUCUGAACUACAGACUCAAUGCAUUUGGCUUCAUGGCCCUUAAGAUGCUCAGAGAUGGCUCCCCCUACAACACUUCAGGGAACUACGGCUUCAUGGAUCAGAUUGCAGCACUGAAGUGGGUUCAAAGAAACAUUCAUGUAUUUGGAGGAGACCCAGGGAAAGUCACCAUAUUUGGCCAAAGCUCAGGUGGUACAUCUGUAUGGGCUCUCAUGGUGUCUCCGUUGGCGAAGGGACUCUUCCAUCGUGCCAUUGACAUGAGUGGCUCAUACGUGUUUAAUGCCUCACUGGAGUCAGCAGAACAGGACAAUCUGGAGUUCCUGAGGAGGACAGGAUGCAAAGACACCGGCUGUCUGAGAGGAUUAGCAAUAAGUGAGGUUCUCAAGGCUAUUCCAUGGCAGGAGUACCCUUCUUGGGCAGCUGAUGAGCUAGUAGAUCUUCCAGUCAAAGGACAUUUCGUUGGUCCAGUGGCAGUUGUGGAUGGUCAUGUCAUUACUGCCCCUCCCUUCAAGAUUUGGGAGAGUGGCAGUGGCUUCAGUGAUGUUCCAUUUUUGGUUGGAACUACAGAGCAGGAGACAGAUUUUUGUCCUGCCUAUCAGAACAUGAGUGUGUGGACUUGGGGAGAUUACAGGUGGCAUGUGACUCAGAAACUGAGCCCAUUUGGAGCCAAUGUCACUGCCCAGGCCCUGGGUCUGUACCCCAGCUCUGCCCCCUGCCCCACCUCACACCGCUGUCCUGAGAGGCUCUACAACACCAUGGUGUCAGACAUGAGGGUCACCUGUCCUAAUAAUGACCUUGCCAAGAGAGCUGCAGACGCACUGAAAAGUCCUGUGUAUCGCUACCUGGUGACCUACACACCAUCAAAACAAGCCAACAUUUCUGGCGUUCCCUUCCACCCUCGCUUCUCUUUUCACCUGUUAGAUAGUUUUGCAUUUUUUGGAGGACUGAAAGAUGCCCUUGGAGUCCUGGCUCCAUCAGACAUAGCCUUCCAAGAAAUGGUUAUUAAGUACUUCCUUCAUUUUGCCAGAGAAGGGAAGAUGCCCGAAGAGUGGACAAAGUAUCCCUUAGGCAUGGCUCUGCUGGACCGAAACUUCUCUGUGGCUCAGAAUCCUUCUGCUGACCACUGCAAAUUUUGGGAGCAGAAUGGCUUCUAUCCUUACGCCUGGAUCAACUGAUUGGAUCCACAUUUCUGAAGGACGGUCAAUUUUUUUUUCACCACUGUAAUAUGCUGUGAGAAAGUCACUUAGGAAGUUAUAAUGAAUGUGUUUGAGCACAUUUUGGGGUAUGGCAAUUGUUUGUUUGCACUUGGAAGGAAAUUGAGAAAGUAUGUGUUGGAACAUUAAUAUAUAGAGACAGAUCAUGAAGGGAUUAUUCGCACUGAGUAUCUUUAUGUCUGGGGUUAUAGAUGUUUAAGGAACCCCCGAUUGUGUCAGACUAAGUGUCAGUCAGAUUUAUGUGAAAUUCUGAAAUGUCUUGUAAAUAUGUUUAUGGUGAUGCCUUGUUUGCUAUGCACUUUGUAUACCAGCUGAUGAAAAGGACUCACUCUCUUGGAGUAGAAUGCAACCAAAGCGCCGAGCCUCCCGCUGUGACCCCACUCACCAACACUCCAGUCUCCUCUCAGGGCUGCCCUCUUACUUAUUCUGUAUAUUAAAGGGGAAAUGAAGACAAGUAAAGUAGCUCUGGCCUCCCUUUCAGCAAGAAAGAGGGAGGAUGAAAGGUUUCCACUGAAGAGUAGAGAGGCAUGAAAGAGUUGACUUGGUAUUAGCAUUUAGUUGACUUUCAAAUCAAAGUAGCUCCUAUUUUUGUCCAUUCUUCUUCUCAAUGGUGAAGAGGUCAGAGCUGGCUUAGCUUAACUGACCGUUGAAUAGCAUUACCACUUUUAUAUCCUGCUCAUUAUUUUUCAUUCAGUGCUUUGUAUUUUAUAUCACUUUGUUGUGUUAAGCCACCAUGGAUUUGCCAUCACUCACAUGUUUAAUGCUUACUCAGGUUACCAAGAAAUAUGUGAAAUUCUGUGGAGAAGGAUUUUAAACUUUAUUGACACAAAUUUUGUUAUCUGUGUUUUGAGUGCUUACAAUAAAUAUUUAAAAUCUUUAAAGGGCA